GCACAGCGCUUCUCUCACCUGCCCAAACGCACUACUGUGGACCUGGAGUUCAGCGACCUGUCCUACACCAUCAGAGAAGGGCCGUGGUGGAAGAAACAAGUCAUGCAGUGCCUGGCCUGAAGAGAGCAGAUGUUUCUUUACUCUUGUGAUUUAUUGGUGAAAGCGUACCCGUGUGGAAGUUCCACUCUUUGACAGCCUUCAUAUGCCAACAUGACUUUUAUUUUUGCAGUGCCGUCACUACAAGUAGUUUAAAUUAGAUGAGAUCACAUCUGACAUCAGUGGGAAGAACAAAAUUUUCAAUGCUUGUGCUUUAUGCUGACUACAUUUAUGCACUAUGAUGACCAGAUACAGAAUGGAAUAUAGUUGUAAAUACGAUAAAUGCAUUUGUAAAAGUGAUGAAUGUAAUCGGCACUCCUAUGUUUCCACUGUUUCUUUCCAUUGUGGCCUAAAGGAAAAGUACCACCAAUGAUGAUAAUAUAGUGGUCAUUAAAUGACUUCUAAACAUUCGGUGGACAUGUAUGGGAAUAAAGUCAGGGUAAAGGAGAGGGCUUUUCUGUGAUCUGACUGUGAGAACAGAAAUUUUGGGCUGAUAGGCUGAUAAUUAGGGCGCCUUGCUUUGAAAUACCAUAAGUCAGACUUUUUUUUUUUUUAAGAAAUACUAUAUCAGCGACUCCUAAAAAUGUCAUAAUUUUUUUUAAUGAGAUCUUUCGGUCUUAUGUGGUGGGUAAAAGCCAUUGUGGUGGACUCAUAGAAAGUUCAAUGAGCAGACUUGUCCAGAAUGGUUUAAUUAGCCACUGUACUUAAAGGUUUUGGAGCCCAAUUCUUUCAUCACCUUUAUCACUCGCUUUCUCACAUUUUUAAGCUUUGGAGAAUUAUGUAGUACAGUCAUGAGGUUCACGGAUUAAACCAUACUUCUUAUUUGAAGGGAUUAACUGAGAGUGGACCGCUUGUUCCAAAGGAGAACCGUAUGAUGCCAAGCAUAUAUUUUGUCGUUCUUCCAGGUUAUAAGGCCUUACUCAAGUGUCUAUCAGGGAAGUUUUGCAGUCGGGAGCUCAUUGGCAUUAUGGGCCCCUCUGGAGCUGGGAAAUCCACGUUGAUGAACAUCCUGGCGGGAUACAGGGAAACAGGGAUGACUGGACAGAUCCUGGUAAAUGGAAAGCUCAGAGACCCCCGAACCUUUCGUAAAAUGUCCUGUUACAUUAUGCAGGAGGACAAAUUGCUGCCCCACUUGACUGUUCAAGAAGCAAUGAUGGUAUCAGCCAACCUGAAGCUCAAUGAAGACACAGAGGUGAAAAAAGAGCUGAUAAAAGAGAUUCUGACGGCCCUGGGACUGCAUGAGUGUGUCCACACUCGAACUGUGUGUCUCUCUGGGGGUCAGUGUAAGCGUCUGGCUAUUGCCCUCGAGCUAGUAAACAACCCCCCAGUCAUGUUUUUUGAUGAGCCCACCAGUGGUUUGGAUAGCGCGUCCUGUUUCCAGGUAGUGUCAUUGAUGAAGUCUCUGGCACAAGGAGGGCGAACUAUCAUUUGCACUAUUCACCAGCCCAGUGCCAAGCUCUUCGAGAUGUUCGAUAAGCUGUAUAUUUUAAGCCAAGGCCAAUGCAUAUACAAAGGAAGCGUCCCAUACCUCAUCCCUUAUUUGAGAGGACUGGGUCUUCACUGUCCCACAUACCACAAUCCUGCAGAUUUCAUCAUUGAAGUAGCAUCAGGAGAGUACGGGGACUUGAACCCAGUGUUGUUUGAAGCUGUUCAGGGUGGCAUGUGUGCAUUGGAGCAAAAGUGCAACUGUAUCGACAAAACCACUGUAACCCCAUGCACUGCAAAAUGUGUCAAAGAUUCAGGCCAUGUUGAGAGCCAUACUUUUGCAACAAGCUCUCUGACUCAGUUCUGCAUUCUCUUCAAGAGAACAUUUAUUACAAUAUGCAGAGACCAGGUUUUGACACAUCUGCGGCUAAUGUCACACAUCUCCAUUGGAGUACUGAUAGGCCUGCUGUACCUCAAUAUUGGCAAUGACGCCAGCAAAGUCUUCAACAACACUGGAUUCCUCUUCUUCUCAAUGCUCUUUCUCAUGUUUGGAGCACUGAUGCCUACAGUUCUUACCUUUCCCCUAGAGAUGGCUGUGUUUCUCAGGGAACAUCUAAACUACUGGUACAGCUUGAAGGCGUACUAUCUGGCUAAGACAAUGGCUGACAUUCCAUUCCAGGUCCUUUGUCCCAUCAUGUACUGCAGUAUUGUGUACUGGAUGACUGAACAGCCUCCAGAGGCAAGCCGCUACUUGCUGUUUUUGGCUUUGUCGAUCUGUACGGCUUUAGUAGCCCAGUCUCUUGGACUUCUAGUCGGUGCUGCCUCCACAUCCCUUCAGGUGGCCACUUUUGUCGGUCCGGUUACAGCCAUUCCGGUGCUACUAUUCUCUGGGUUCUUUGUGAACUUUGACACCAUUCCAGAAUACCUACAGUGGAGUUCCUAUGUGUCUUAUGUUCGGUAUGGGUUUGAGGGGGUGAUUUUGUCCAUUUAUGGGAUGAAUCGAACCGAGCUUGAAUGUCCAGGGAGGGUUUGCAAGUUCCAGAGACCUGAAGAAGUACUGCAGUUGUUAGAUGUAGAAGAUGCCAAGCUUUACAUGGACUUCAUCGUAUUGGGGAUUUUCUUCCUCAUCCUGCGACUUGCCACCUACUUGGUUCUUCGUUACAAAAUAAAGUCAGAACGAUAAUAUUCAAGUCGUAGCCUUGAAUGGUCUGCAGCUCUCGUGGCCUGUUUUCAGGCUACACGUAUACACUGUAAUUUCCAAAGGUGUCAUUAUCUGCUCAGGAAGGUCAGAUCUAUUUGUUGAUCAUUUUCGUGUUCUGGUUUUUGUAUUUCAUUUGGAAUGAAGUCAUUAAAUGUCAUUGUCUACAGAAUUGGCUUUUAAAAAUGUUAUAAAUAUUAUAAUGUUUUUCAGUGUUAAAUUGACGCAGUACCUGGUGUUGGAAAAAAUGGUGUUAUGCAAGGCUGCUAUAUCCAAAUUCAAGAUGUCAUACCAAAUUUAAAUAUGCAAAUGAUAAUUUACUGAUCUUUCUCUGUUCGUUAUGGCAGUUCUCACACUCAGUUAACUCUGGCUUUAAACCUACACUAGCGUUGAUUCGUUCGUUUUUUUUUACUCUGAGCUAAUUAGAAUGAAGGGUUUUUUUUUUUUUUUGCAUUUCCAGUUUCAUAAAGCACACGUGAACAUGUUUAGCCUAAGAUAAGGAUGUUUACAUAUCAUUGCACAAGUCCGAAAGGAGUUUUAAUUCAAACCAGAAGACUGUGAAGGUUCACACAGUGCCUGCGUUUCUAUUAAACCAUUGUAUCAGUCUUUUUGUAUAGCAGAUUUUAUUAGUUUUCUUUCUUUUAUGAUUAUUUAGUAUUUUCACUUGUAUUUACUUGGUGCUAAAAUGUGUGUAUUAAAACAAAGUUAUACUUUUUUAGACCAACAAACUUUCAUACUAUGUAUAUCAGCAAUGUAUUGCCUGAACAUGUCAUACUGCCAAAUGUACCUAUGUGUUUAGAAAUAAAAAUAUGAAAUCCA